GUUUUAGGCUGUUGACAUGUAUUACAGAUUCCCUGCAGAUACGGGACAUCUGAAUUCAAGAGAUACAGGAAAUCAGCGGGAGGCUUCUGCACUUCGGGAUGAGUUGGAUAUGCUCCAAGAAGAGAACGAAAAUAUUCUUGAGAAGCUGCGACUUGCUGAAGAGAAAUGUGAGGAAGCAGAGGCUAGAGCAAGAGAACUUGAGAAACAGGUUGCUGCUCUUGGAGAAGGUGUAUCUUUGGAAGCCCGGCUACUUAGCAGGAAGGAGGCAGCACUGCGUCAAAGAGAGGCUGCUCUUAAGGCUGCAUCACAAACAAAGGAGGGGAGAGAUGAAGAAGUAAUGGCUCUUCGACAACAAGUGGAGUCUGCAAAAGAAGAGGUUGCAAGUGCAGUAGAUCAACUCAGAGAAGCUGAGUCAGAAGCGAAAGCACUUCGUUCUAUGACACAGAGAAUGAUCUUAACACAAGAAGAGAUGGAGGAGGUUGUUCUCAAAAGAUGUUAUCUUGCUCGUUACUGGGGCUUAGCCGUUCGUUACGGUGUUUAUCCAGACAUUGCUGUGUCAAAGCACGAGCAUUGGUCAUCGUUAGCUCCUCUUCCUCUUGAACUUGUCAUUUCUGCAGGACAAAAGGCUAAGGAGGAAUCUUGGAACAAAGAUGAUGGGGACCUCGAGAAAAGAAAUAAACUUAAUCGUGAUUUGAGUGACAUUACUGGAGAAGGAAACAUAGAGAGCAUGCUCUCAGUUGAGAAAGGGUUACGAGAACUUGCUUCUUUGAAG